AUUUAUAUUGUGCUUUGAAAUGGAAAUGAGUUUACUGAAAUAUGUAAUAUUUUAAUGUAAAAAAGCGGUGUCAGCUGUUUGGUAACAAACGUGCAACAUUUAAACACCAUGAAAUCGAAGGGCCGCUUUUUAUCCGCCAGGAGUAAGUAAAUCUCCAUCGAAAUGAACAGCAUAAUGCGGAAGUUGACGAGGGGAAGCGGCCCCACUUCCUCGACCUCAUCUUCGGACGUCUCCGACGGUCCCUCGUCUCCGCACACUCAACUAGGCCUGAUGCAUUUGAAGAAGCUCUUCUCGGAGUACACGCAUCCCCCUCAACAGCUCACCGACCAGGAGAAAGACGAUAAACUUUACAACAUGCUGCCCCUCUUUUGUAAGGUGUUUGGUUCCAGCCCGACUUGCGACAUGAACGAGAAAUUUUGGGAUAUCCUGGCGUUUUGCCAUCAGGUGUCGCUGCUGAUGGUCUCGGAGAUACGGAAGAGGGCCUCGAAUCAGAGCACCGAGGCGGCCAGUUGCGCUAUCGCCAAGUUUCUGGAAAUUGAAAAUUGCGAAGAGUCGAGCAACGGGUGGAUGUUGUUGUCAACGUUGAAUUUAUUAGCAGCGGGCGAUUAUCAGCUAGUGCAAGUCAUGUCCGAAGUUUCUGUUCCAUCGACUCUAGUUAAAUGCCUGUAUAUCUUCUUCGAUUUGCCGGAGUUGUCGGAGAAGGAAGCCAACACUAAAGAUUCUAAUAGCGAUUUUACUGCGAAAGAAAGGCGUAUUUUAUUGCAGAAAAUAUUUGUUCAACUUCUCGUUCGGCUGUGCAGCCACAGGAUACCAUCGGAGGAAUUAGCCAGAAAGGACGAUUUGCAAUUGUUAUUUUCCGCUAUCACGUGUUCCGUGCCCCCGCAUAACAUUAUGUGGAGAAAAAGCGCCGCCGAGGUUCUCAUGACUCUAUCGAGACACGGUUUAACGCCUUUAGUCGUUGGAUAUAUCCAUUCUAAAUCGUGCGUGGCUGCUUGCAUAGAAAAUAUGAAAAAAAUACCGGAUUUAGCGCCUUUGGAAUUGGUGGAAAUGUUUGUAACCCUGUUUUGUUUCCUGAAGGAUUCCAGUGAAGUAUCUUCGACUUUGUUGGAUGAUUUUAGACAAGCUCAAGGCUAUCCGUUUUUAUCCGAUUUUCUGCUUAAGUUUGAAAACGACAACUCUAGUGAAGCCCAGGAGACCAUAAGAAAUCUAGUGUUAAUGGUGACUUCGUUAUGCAUGUGUGGGUAUUUGGAGUUGAAACCAUCUCAGGCUUCUACGGGUUCUUUAUUUCAAAUGCAAGGUUUUAUUUUACCACAACCGUCUGGUAGGGGAACGAGUGUACGAAAUAUACAAUCGUUUCACGUUCUUCAAAGUACUUUCAUUAAAUCGAACUCUUCUCUUCUGUGCUCGACGAUUUUGGACGCUAUAUCCAGCAUAUACCACUCGGACAAUUCUAAUUAUUUCAUAUUGGAAAAUCAGAAUACUCUAAAUCAGUUCAUGGAGAAAAUCCAGUACAAACCUCCGGAAAUCCAACAGAAAUUGUUCGAUCUCAUCGAGUUUUUGGUGUAUCAGCUGAAUUUCGUUCCCUGCAAGGAGCUGAUUUCGAUGUCAAUAUUCCUCAAAACGCAUAGCACGAAUUACACCGAUUGCAGUAUAUUGUGCAUGAAAACCUUAUUGGACAUUCUAAAACAUAAUCCUAUAUUCAAAGACGUUUAUCGGGAAGUGGGUUUGCUCGAAGUCGUGGUGACUUGUUUGAAUCGGUACGCAACCAUUCUCGAAGAUAAAAAAUUAUCAGGAAGUAACAUGAAAGACUGUAAACAUAUAUCAAAGCAAGAGAAAUUGGGUGAACUGGUAUUGGAAGCAUUGACUAUUCUUUUGACCAGUAACAGCGCAAACGCGAAUGUAUUGAGGGAAUGCGGCGGUGCAAAAUGCAUACACAAAUUGGUGCAGUAUCCCGAAUGUAGGACUGCUACCUUGGGCAUUAUAAAGGAAUUAGUUCUAACGAGUGGCGGGGACGAUGACAUGACUCAACUCUUAAAUACCCUGCAUUCCGCUUCUCGCACGGAACUCCAAUUGAAAAUCGACAUUUUGGAGGCUUUAAAACUCUGUUUAAAGGAAUCUCACAGAACACGAACUGUCUUUAGAAAGGCAAACGGGUUUGUUUACGUUACGAGCGCUUUGAUCGCGCUGGAAGGGCGACUGAAUAAGAAAGAAACUAAUCCGGAGGUUCUCUAUCUAUUGAGUCUCGUAUUUCAAACGAUUUGCACUGCCAUGCGAUUCGAGCCUGCCAAUGCCAAAUUGUUCUAUCACGAAAUAUGCAGGACCAGUCUCUGCGAUAGCAUCAAAUUGCUGGGUUGUUUCUCCAACGAGAACGUUAGUAAAAUAAGCGAAAUCGACUUCGAAGCUCCCUGCAACGGUGGUUUCCAGGAAAUCUACCACAAUUUGUUUAUAGGAUCCGUUCUGAACGUCGAGAUACCCGAAAAAAUCUCUUCCUCGUUGGCGUACACGACUAUAGUGUAUAGGUUGUUGUAUGAUCUAGCGUUGGAUCUGUUCGAUAAAAAUAAUGCUAAUGUACUCUCUAUUAAAUCUCCGCCUUUAUCCAGAGAAUCCAGCAUUCAAGGCGACAAUAAUGGAAAAAGAACGAUCAACACUUUAAAUCUGAAUCCUCCGGCACCGGAUCCCAUCAUCGUACAUCCCGGAGUAGUAGUGUGUAUGUUACAGCUCCUACCGUGCAUAAAAGACGAUCACUUCGAAAUGUACCUCAGCCUGCAACUGUUCAUAGCGGAAAUAAUCAAAUCUUUGGUACGUAGCGAGCGCAACCAGCAGGUGAUGUGCGAUAAAAAUUUCGCCAGUUAUCUGUUGCAAAUCGGUUCCGAACCGUUGCAAAACGAAAACCACCCCUUGCACAAUUCGCUGCAAUACAUGCUGGAAAGAUUGGCCGCGCAGGCCAUCGAACCGAAAGAUUUGAGGGAAUUUUUAAGACUAGGCAACCCGUUGUGUUGCCUUAAUUUGGGCUCGAACGAAGCCGGUGGCCACCCGGUACCUUUAACCCGAAUCAAAACCCUAGUAUCCAUGACGACGCCUAAGGAUUUCCGAGCGCAAUCUUCCUACACGCUGCCGCCCUUCGUCGAAUUCGACAUGUCCGCGGAGGGUUUCGGGUGCCUGUAUUUGCCCAGCAUCGCUCCCCAAUCGCCUUCCACACCGAGCGUGGUGUCUUCGGUGGACAGCAACGUCUUGGGUGGCAUCGGCGCCGGCGAUAGGAUGUUUCCGCCGCAGACGGGUUUGAGUUACUCCACGUGGAUAUGCGUGGAUAAAUUCUCCGAUCCCAGAUCGGAUCCGCAUUGCGUACGCCUGCUGACGCUCGUCAGGAACUUCAACGGCGCUCGCGAGGACCAUUUGGUGUGCUUGUCGAUCGUGUUAUCGGCUAGAGACAAGGCUAUUAUCGUGUCGACACAAGAAACCCACAUACCCCACCAUGUUGGUGAUUGGGAGCCAGAAGGUCAGGGCGAGCACGGGGUGCGCGUUUGGUGCCCGGAUAUCCUCCAGGAAGGCCAAUGGCACCACCUCGUGGUGGUUUUAAAUCGAGCGGUGUUGAAAAAUUCCACGUUUUCUCUCUAUUUGGACGGGCAACAGAUCCACAGCCAAAAGAUGCACUACAUCUCGCAGAACCCCGGCGGCGGGUCGGCCAAUUUGACCGUGGCCUCGUCCGUGUACGGUUACAUCGGAACCCCUCCGGCUUGGAGGAGAUACUCGAGGUUGUGCUGGAAACAAGGCCCUUGUCAUCUGUUCGAGGAGGUCUUGCCGCCGAACACCGUUACGCACAUGUACCAAUUGGGACCCCAUUACAUGGGUUCGUUUUUGGCGCCGCAUUUGAGCCACCCCGAUGUGGGGCCUCUGGUCACGGAGGAGAAGGUCGUCUUCGGUUUGAACGCCAAGGCCGUGUCUCAGCUCACUUUGAAUAAAAUCCGGAAGGUUUAUAGCAGAGCCGAUAACAAGUCGAUAGCCAAACAACUGGGUAUGUCGAGCCACGAGAGCGCCACACCAAUCAGGAUUCUGCACAAUUCGGCAGGACAUUUGGCUGGAUCUGCUCGUACCUUGGGUGGAGUUAUAAUCGGAUAUUUGGGAGUCCGUGUGUUUUGCGCCCGACCGGUAGCUAUGACGAUCGAUGCAGUAGGAGGAUGCUCAGUUCUUUUGGGUCUUAUAGCCAUGGCGCAGGACGUGGAGAGCCUCUACGCGGGCGUUAAAGCUUUAGUAUGCGUGGUUAGAAGUAACAAAGUGGCCCAAGCGGAAAUGGAUAGGAAAAGGGGAUACCAAACGUUAGCUAUGUUGCUCAGAAGGAAAAGAACGUUAUUAAAUUCCCACAUUCUACACCUCGCGUUCAGCUUAGUGGGAACAGUAGAUAGCGGUAGAGAAUCAUCCGCUAUUCCAAACAAAACGGCCUUUCAGGAUUUAUUGUGCGACUUGGAAGUAUGGCACGAAGCGCCAGGAGAGCUCCUCCGUUCGCACUUGGAACACCUCUACGAACUGGCUGCGGAAUCCAACGAGAAAAGAAACAACAUAUGGAUAAUGCGCGAAUUGCAUUUAGUGGACAAGCUCAUUCACAUUUGCCCCGACGUCAAACAUCCGGCUACCAGGCAAGUCCUCUUCUCGCUGCUGAGCGUCCUGCUGAACAGCCAACCGCGCCAGCACGAUUUGCUGCUCUUCGGACAGUUCGUCACAUCUACUUUACCUUCGAGCAUCGAAGAAUCGGAGAAGAACCUCGAACUGAGAGAAGGCGACGCCGAACGGGAAGGGGAAGGCGAGCACGUGCUGCUCAGGAACCGGUGCUUGGGACUGUUGCAUUCCAUGAUAUUUACCAGCAGGAAUCACAUCGGCGAGGAGAUCGUGAAAACGCUCGGGUUCGAUUGGAUAUUGCUGUUUAUGCAGCAGAAUUUGCAUUACAGUACUGUCGUUUGGGCGAUAAGGAUGCUGGUGGCCAUUUGCUCCAGUCCUUCGCUUCUAAGCCGUUUCCGGGAGGGAAGCAGCAACGGCGGUUGGCUGCGGCACACGGAGCAAGUCAGCCACAACAAAAUGGCGGUGGUGUUGGGCUACCAGCAGAACAACGUGCACGGCGGCGACAUCAAGGCGGAGGCGCUGCAGAUACCCGGUUUCAAAUUCUUGGGCUGGUUGUUGCCGUACCAUUUGGAAAUAUCGGAGAUAUACUUCCUGCUGACGGCGCUGAUGAUGGGCCAGCCCGCCAAACUGCUGCCGGCCGAUAUGAAGUUCGAUCUGGACUCGGUGUGGGCGUUCCUGUGGGGCGGUUCUAUCAACAAUCAGUCGAUCAACAGCGUGAUGCCUAAAAUCAAUUUGUGCUCCGAAGCGGUGGUGGUGCUGUUGGCGAUGACGAAGGCCAUCGUGCACUCCGAUAAGGCAGCUUUGCCGCAAUGGUUGCAGAAUCAUCCCAUAUCUAUUGUACAAGUACUGUUCCAAUUGUACCACAACAUGCCUGAAUUCAUGCCGAUUUUCAUGUCAUCGGAAGUACUAAGCGCUCUUGCAGACGUUAUUUUUAUACCGCUGGUGAUUAGCAGCAGUAUCGAGAGUAGCGGAGCCUCUACACCGGCAGGCGAGGACAGCGAUCCGCUCAUCAUGAUGUCUUCCACUACGGAAGAACAAACUUUAGUCAACCACCACGUGAGGCAAUUCAUCGUCGACUUCAUUCGAGUGAUAGUCGUAGACUCGCUGAGCCUACCGAUCACCGGUAAAAAUUCCCCCGUAAUAGACUUGGUUUUGGACGCCUAUCCGGAACAAUCGAGCGUCAAUCAACAGAUAUGCUUCCAAACAGAGAUCCUGGUCACUCUAAUGGACCAUCUGCUAGCAGCCGAUAUGCUAGUAGGCGAUCAAGCAGCCAUACCGAUCGUGCCAUUGCCCAGCGCCCACAUUCAAUACGUCGCCCCUAACGUGUUCUACCUAACGGCUCGAAUAGUGGACAAACUAUGGCAGGGCUGCCUGACGAAGGAUCCACACGAAGUGUUCGAUUUCAUCGUAAAAUUGAUCGGACAAGCCAAACGACGAACGGGCAACAUCAGCUUGGAAAGCCUGUACCAUUGCUUGAACAGAACGAUUCUGUUUCUUUUGAGUCGACCCACGGACAGCAUAGCCGAUCAAAUGUCCGUGCUGGAAGCCCUACAUAAAUUAACGACGAACAGAUUGAUAAUAUUCGGAGCCGGCAACCACGAAUUGGACUUCAUCGGCUGCCUGACCUACUGUCUGCUGCAGCUGACGGCCGACAUGAAGAUCAUGCUGGACUCGAACAUGAAGACGACGUGGCACGUGAACCCGAGCAGCGAUCUGGAGUCGAGAGACGAGCAACUGAACUCGCACCAGGGCCGGAAUCUCAUGGCCGGCGCCGCGCUGAGGGUGUGGGAGGAGUUGUACGUGUGCAAGAAACCGGCCAUCGAGGAGGUCUUCAAGGUGACGUUUGCGCAACCCCAUCAGAAUUCCAAGGCGCCUGAUCUCUUACUAGUAAGGGACCAAGUGUUCGAUGCUUCUUCGAAGUUGUGGUUGAAUUACGUCGAAGGCGAGCGAAAGGCCGCGUACAAAGUACCGUUUGAGCUUCACAAUCAAAUCCAGUCGAAGAUUCAUAAAGUAACGGGCGGUUUGACGAGAUUGGCGAGCAGAACUAAAGUUAAGAAAGACGAAACUAUCAAGGUGGCCGUACGGAUGGGCAAGAAACAGGCCAUCCAAUGGAUUUUCACGCAUAUUAAUCUACUAAAGAGUUUAAUGGAGAUGAGGCGACAACAACACCAAAACACAUCGCAGCACACUCAACGGUACGUGCACCAGGAGUGGCUGCAAACCGAAAACGAUCUCACUAGAGAAAGAGGCCUGUGGGGCCCGCCCGAGCCUAGUUACCUCGACAAAUGGAUGCUGGAUAUGACCGAAGGUCCUCACAGGAUGAGAAAAAAGACAAUGAAAAACGAUCUAUUCUACCUGCAUUACUCGUACAGAAUAGAACAAGAGAAGGGUUUGCUGAAAUACAAGGUGGCUACGAGUUACCACAGCAAAGAUUAUUUCUACGCGAUCCAAUUGAGGAAUAACUUGGGCGUGAGCAAUUUGAUGGAACUGGAACGAUCGGAGAGUAUCGUAGAAGAGCCGUCUCCGCAACCAUUCGCUCCGGCCAUAUCGCAUUUGGCUCGGCUCAGAUCAGACCCGGAGGAUCAACAAGAGGAAACCGAAGGCGAGGACGAGCAUUCGCUUCAGCCCGACAAUCAAACUCUAAUGAGACUAUUGGAGGCCAACGAGAAGAUUACCUAUAUGUUCCGUUGCGCCAGAAUCCAAGGAUUAGACACUACGGAGGGCCUUCUGCUAUUCGGCCAAGAGCAUUGCUACGUAGUCGACGGAUUUACGUUGCUGAAGAACCGCGAAAUACGAGACAUCGAUUGCGUGCCGCCGAACGCCAACGAAUACGAGCCGAUCGUGCCCAAUCCCGGAUCGCCCAGGCGAUCCAGGGCGAUGAGGCAAUGCUCGAAAUUCUCCUACGACGAUAUCAGGGAGGUGCACAAGAGACGGUACUUGCUACAACCCAUGGCGCUGGAGGUGUUCUCCGGCGACGGGCGAAAUUACCUGCUGGCCUUUCCGAGGAAAAGCCGAAAUAAGGUCUACCAACGUUUCAUGUCGACGGCUACGAGCAUAGCCGAUUGCGCCCAACAGUCCGUGGCCGGACAAAAACGCACGGCCAACGUCGAACAAACCGCCGGUUUGCUCAGCAAUCUCAUCGGCGAAACCAGCGUGACGCAAAGAUGGGUGAGAGGAGAAAUAUCGAAUUUCCAAUACUUAAUGUACCUGAACACGUUGGCUGGAAGAUCAUACAACGAUCUAAUGCAAUAUCCAGUUUUCCCUUGGAUUUUGGCCGAUUACGAUUCCGAAGAGUUGGAUUUCACCGAUCCCAGCACGUUCAGAGACUUUACGAAGCCCAUGGGAGCCCAGAGCCCCGAAAGACUCGAACAAUUCAAAAAACGAUUCAAAGAAUGGGACGAUCCUCACGGCGAAACGCCGCCCUAUCACUACGGCACGCAUUACUCGAGCGCCAUGAUAGUGUGCUCCUAUUUGGUGAGAUUGGAGCCGUUCACGCAGCAUUUCCUGCGCCUGCAAGGCGGCCAUUUCGAUUUGGCCGAUCGAAUGUUCCAUUCGGUCAAGGAGGCCUGGCUGUCGGCCUCCAAGCACAACAUGGCCGACGUGAAGGAGUUGAUACCCGAGUUCUUCUACCUCGACGAGUUUCUAAUCAAUUCCAAUCAGUUCGAUUUGGGUGUAAAACAAAAUGGCGUGAGUUUGGGCAACGUGGUGCUUCCCGCGUGGGCUAAGCAGGAUAGCAGGGAAUUCAUCAGAGUUCACAGACAGGCGUUGGAAUGCGAUUACGUGUCUUCGAAUCUCCACCAUUGGAUCGAUUUGAUUUUCGGCUGCAAGCAACAAGGCCUGCCCGCCGUCGAUUCGACGAACGUUUUCCACCAUCUGUUUUACGAAGGAAACGUGGACAUCGACAACAUCGACGAUCCUUUGAAGAGGAACGCCACCAUCGGUUUCAUCAACAACUUCGGGCAAAUUCCCAAGCAGCUGUUCAAAAAACCGCAUCCCUGCAAGAAGAUGUUCGGCGCCAAUAACAGGACGUCGGUGAUCGACACCGGCAGCCUCGUGCAGGCCUUCUCCCUUCCGCAACCCGAAAAAUUGUUUUUCCACCACCUGGACAACUUGAAACCGUCUCUUCAACCCAUCAAAGGCACGUUAAUUCGAACUAGAAUAAAUCAAACUUUGCAUACACCGCUAGUUUAUUCGAAAACUCAAGUGAAAAGUCCGGUGGGUCAGAUCCUGCACGUGGAUCGCUCCGUGUUGGCCGUCGAACAGAACAAGGUCCUGAUGCCGCCGAGCUACAACAAAUACGUCGCUUGGGGAUUCGCCGAUCAUUCGCUGCGAAUCGGCAACUACGAGAGCGACAAGGCCGUCUUCGUCUCGGAGAGCGUCAUCCAGAACAACGGGGAGAUCUUGGCGUGCGUCUGCCCCUCGCCCAAAUUGAUUAUCACGGCCGGCACGAGCUCGGUGGUGACCGUGUGGGAAUACGAGGUACGCAAGAAAUCCCUUUCGAUAAAACACAGCUUGUACGGUCACACGGACGCCAUAACUUGCUUGGCCGCCAGCCCGGCAUAUAACGUCAUCGUAUCCGGAUCCAGAGAUUCCACGGCUAUCAUUUGGGAUUUAUCCAGGGGCGUAUUCGUGCGGCAGUUGAGAGGUCACGCCGGUCCUGUAGCUGCGGUGGCCGUCAACGAUUUAACCGGAGAUAUAGCCACUUGCGCCGCUACUUGGUUGCAAGUGUGGAGCAUCAACGGAGACGAAUUGGCCAGCGUGAAUACGUGCGUAGGAUCGGCCGAUAGGAUGCAACAAAUUCUGUGCGUGGCUUUCUCUCAAACGCACGAAUGGGAUUGCCAGAACGUCAUUAUGACUGGAUCUACCGACGGCGUUACGAGGAUGUGGUCGAUCGAUUACGUUCAAGUACCGGACGAGCAGAGUACAAACGUCAAACCGGAGCCGCCGAAGUCUCCUAAAACCGCCAAAACGAACGAACAAGUGGAUAAACCGACACCGAAGCACCACCAAUUGGUCAAACAAAUCAACGUGUCGAGCAUAGGCAGUGCGGGCGGUCUGAUGAAAUCCGGUUCGGAGAGCAGCCUGUCCGAGGAGACGGCCCGACGGGGCUCCGUCGAUCGGCAAACGAGCGGCGAGAGCAGCUCGAAGGAAUGGCGGAACGAGCAACAGAACGAAAAGGAGACGUGCAGCGACGUCGAGGAAUCGAAUCCGCCGGCGGUGCCGGUGCGAAAGAGGAAAUCCCGCGGGCAUUGCGGUUUCAUACGCAAAAGCGAAGGUGGCAGUAGCGCCGAUAAUGCCAGUUUGGAUGUAGACGAUGGGUCGGGUCUGCGCACCAGCAAAUCUGAUACCAGCUUGACGGAUUCGUUCGUGAUGCUUCCGGAUACCAAGAAGAAAUCACCCAAUCCUAUGAAUACUCUAAGACCAGGAUUCAAGUGGCAAAGACAGUUAGUCUUUAGAAGUAAAUUAACGAUGCAUACGGCGUACGAUCGUAAGGAUAACGCCGAGCCUGCGUCUGUCACCGCUCUAGCAGUCUCGAAGGAGCACAGGAGCGUGUACGUGGGCGACACGCGAGGUCGCGUGUUCUCGUGGAGCGUGUGCGACGUGCCCGGCAGGGCGGCCGAUCACUGGCUGAAGGACGAGGGGGCCGAUUACUGCGCGGCGUGCAGCAUCAAAUUCACGAUCUACGAGCGGAAGCACCAUUGCAGGAACUGCGGCCAGGUGUUCUGCUCGAAGUGCAGCCGAUUCGAGUGCGAGAUAUCCCGAUUGAGGAUCCUGAAGCCGGUGAGAGUGUGCCAGGCGUGCUACGCCGCUUUGAAAACUGACAAGUCCUAAGCACGAUGAAGAUGUGUGCACGGGCGUUUAGGGUUAUUUAGUUGAAUACCGAUCGAUCCCCCGACUAUCCGUUUUGAGUACAUAAGUAAUGUCCGCGUUAAUCUGGCGAAGGCGUCGCUUUUAUUAUUGACAACCGUUUCAAUCGAAAUGAGAAUUAUUUUAUCUUUGAUGUUGGGAAAAUGGUUACAACGCGGCAACGUUGCUAUACGCUGUGACGUCGUCGCCAGGUUAGCUUGAUCGUACUAUACCUUAAAUUAUUGGAAAUUCUAGAUGAAGAUCGAAUUGUAAUCAAGUGUCAAAUUGUCAUUUGUUUUUGAUGUACGACAAAAAAAUACCUCAUGACAAAAAGACAUGUAGUCAUAGUUUUAGUCACUAUUUUCGUACGUUUCUGACAUACCAAUCACUUUGUCGGUCAGUGCGGCAAAGAUUAAUUGUUGAAAAUUUAUCUGCAGACAUUUAACAAUCAUAUUGUUUCUUGCACUUUAAGAGGGGCUCUCUUAUACAGGGUGUUCUCGAACUUAUGAAAUGAAAUCUGCGAAUCGGUCUCAAAUUAUGCAAACU